CUGCACGAGGCUGCAGACUGAUUCUCCAAAGAAAAAAAACAAACAACCAAGAGGAACACGGGCUCCAGCAUUAUUCAGUCAUGGUUUGCAGCAUGGCAAGUGUAAGCAGACGAAAGAAAGCAGUACGUGUGUGUUAGGUCACACCCCCUUCUCUCUCCUGCGCACUUCUUUUCUUCAUGAGGACAGAGAGAUGAUCAUGCGAGGCCACUGGUCCUCCAACACCCUGGCCAUCAUCUUCCUCCUGCUCUCCACUGCAGCUCUUUCAGCACACUUCCGAGUUUGCGAGCCCUACUCUGACCACAAAGGGCGAUAUCACUUCGGCUUCCACUGCCCUCGCCUCUCUGACAACAAGACGUAUAUGUUCUGCUGUCACCACAACAACACAGCUUUCAAGUACUGCUGCAACGAGACCGAGUUCCAGGGCAUCAUGCAGCUCAACCUCACCACCGCCUCUGACGGUUUCGCUCACAAUAAUUACACCGCUCUCGUUGGUGUGUGGGUUUACGGUUUCUUCGUCAUGGUUCUGCUGGCGUUGGACUUCUUAUACUAUUCAGCCAUGAACUAUGAGGUCUGUCGUGUCUAUCUGGAGAAGUGGGGACUGGGCGGUCGAUGGCUGAAACAGGCCAGGAACCAGUGGCACAGUGCCGCCAUAGCGCAGGAGGGAGAGCCGAACUCAGGGACGAGUCUGAGCCACGGCCCUCACCAACAAUAUCAUCCCAGACAGAGUUUAAGAGGAGAGGUGGAGAGUCCUACCCUACAGACCUCCACAGCAUGGUGAGUCUGCUUAACCCACUCUCAGGUAGAAUUCAUAGCAAGUUGGGACCAUUUUGUAGGGUUACAUAUUAUUUCAUAUAAAACUAUAUAAACUUGUGUGUCAUCUUAAGCAUAACCAUAAAAUCCAAAUUUUUCUAAUGGAUUCAUAUUGUGUCCAUUUCAACAAUAUUUAUAGAAAUAUAAUUAUAAAAACAAUUAUAUUUUUCAUAUUAAUAGCCAGUUUAAUGUUGCCAACUUAAGUCUUUUAAGUCUUUAAAUCCCCAUGCUCACAAGGCAGUUCAUUUUUUUA